UGGGUCCUGAAACGUCUGCAAGAAAACAGCCCAACUCCCAAGAGCCACAUCAGGGGUCUUCUUCUGCCCACUUGGGACAAGCCCCCCCUUGAGACAUCCUAUGGACCCUGGUUACCAUCAGCACGACCCCUCCCGAUGCCGCGCCCCGGCCUACAGCAUGGCCAGCCGGCGUUUCCAGAUGCUGGAGAGCUGCUCUCCCGGCCCGGGAUACAUGGUCCCCACCAACAUGACUAUGAGAGGGAAGGACGGCAGCCCCGCCUACUCCAUCUACGGGCGCCCCAAGGACGGGGUGACCUUUCGGACACCGGGGCCAGGUCGCUAUUCUCCGGAGAAAGCCGGGAAGUUGGCCUAUCCGUGUCCCCCAAAUUACUCAAUGGCUUCACGGACAAAGGACUUCCAGAACGAACAGACGCCGG